AUGGGGCGCUGCUUGGGGGCUUUCACAGUCUCCCAUCCCUUAGCCGAGGAUGGCCAUGAGCACUUUUGCAGCAAUCUUGAGCAGGUUUGCAUCCCUUCGAACAAAUUUGUUGAAGGAGGCAUUCGUAUCAUUGAGGAUGGUUCAGAAGGGCGCAGUGACACUGGAGAUGACAGUGAUGUGCCUACCACAGCACCAGACUCUGAUUCGAAUGAUGAAAAUGAUGAAUCUUUUCUCAUGUCAGCCGAACCUGUCACUUUCCAACUUGCGUUGGGAAAUCAUUAUCCGUGGUGGGACGAUGGACUGGAGGAAAUGGAUGAAAAUGAACAGCAGCAGGAUCAAGAUCACUACACGGUCAACUUUGCUCAGGGACAUCAAGGACUACUGCAGGAUGAAGUGGAACAUAUCAGGCAAUUGCGAACUGAUGAUGAUACUCCAUGGCUUGCAGUCACGUAUGGCCUUGGUCUCACAGACUUAGGCAGACGUGAUAUUGAGUUCGACCCUUGGCAUUUGGAAUCACUACCGGAAUUGAUUCAACAGACUUGGCAGGAGUUUGCUGUUUACGCGGAUCUAUUGAUUUUCAAUGUCCAUCCACAGCCGAUCGAUGUGAUUGGCGCCAGAGCAGUAGCACUUCUGGUUGUGGUUGACACACCAGAAUCACUGAACGAAGAUUUGAGGAAUGUGCUGGUCAUUGAACAGGCAGUCUCUGAUGUUGGGGCUAGGAGACAUCCGUAUGCUGCUAAAUUAUCUGCAGAAACCACUGACAGGGAUAUCCUGGCUCAGCUGAAUCUUCAACAUCAUUGCCCACCUCUUGCUUUGAGACCGUGCCAUGUGAGACUUGGCACGGUUCAUAUGGACAAAGGGCAACUGUAUGAAUAUGACCAUGGCACUCUCUGCAGAACAUGGAUUGGAAACGUUUUCUCACAGGUAUUGGAAGCGGAAGAGCAUAUUAUUGCAGUCGAUGCUUUCUUUUUGCAAGUGCAUUCUUUGAUGGAAUUGCGGGGCCAGGGGAUUAACAUCGUAUGUCAUGUGCACGGCAUUACCCCAGCCAACAGGCCUCUCGGCCAUCGUGAGAUCAUCAUUGACUCUGAUUGGCUGUAUGAUCUGGAAUGGAUCGACAGGAUGAGGCUACUUUGGCCAUUUGGGGACGAGAAUGUUGGGUUGGUCUUUGCACAAUCCGCCACGCAAGAUAUGCACGAAAGUGAGAAUAUUAUUUUCCAUUUCAUUGCGAAGUUUGGUACGAAUGAAGGGCAGCCCAUUUUGGUUAACCAACAAAUGUGGGCUAUAGAUGACGUCCAGCAGGACCCACAAAGUGCCAAUGAAUUUUGGGCCAUCAGUGUCCCUUCCGGGGAAAUUGGCUCGAAUAUUGUUGGGGCACUACAGGACUUCCCUUUUUGGUUUCAUUAUGCUCGCUCACAGAAUGUUUAUCCCCAUCUCGCAGUCAACGGGCAGAAGAUCGUGGAAGUGCGCCAAAGCUGGAGACCGGGAGAUGUGUUGAGAGCGCGAUACAUUGUUUGGAAAAGACAUCAUGUGCUGACAAUGCUGAUUGGAGUUGCUCAGCAGGAGCAAGAAGCGUCCAUUGAGCACACCUCGUUUUUGCAACUGUCCAGACAGGUCAAGACAAAUGAUGUGAUCGAGGAUUCAUUCACUGAAAUUUGUCAGGCUAUUAUGAAUCAAAAGGUUGAGGUUGAGCAGGUUGAUGAAGCAGUCUCUCUCCUCCCAAUGCAGCAGCAGGAAACGAGGGAAGAACGGGAUGUUUCUAGCGAUGAUGUUGUUGCGGACAUGGAGUUGACCCUGUCUCACAUGUUGAAUGGGCCAUGGAUUGGCCUGAAUACUGACUUUGCGGUCAUACCACAACUGCAUCCAAUAGCACAAGCGGCCUGCAGAUGCACUCCUGUAUCCAAAGUGGCCACGAAUGUAUUUCAUAUCUUCACUGAUGGCUCUUGCAAAAAUGGUGAUGCUGCUUGGUCCUUUAUAGUGUUGUGUGAAUGCAAUGUUGAAUCGCAACGACAUUUUGUGCGGAUUGGAUAUGCUGCAGGGAGGGUUGACAGUGAGAUUGGGCCAACUGAGCAGACAGCGCAGGAUGCUGAGGCGACUGCGUUGAUAGCAGCUGCCAAUUUCAUGCUCACCAAGAGGGACCUUCCUCAUUUGGCCAUUCACUUUCACUUUGAUGCCACAGCUGUUGGCAAGGGCAGCUGUGGGACUCAUAGAGUGAUUCAACAAUCUCCAGAAGUUUCAAAAAGGCAAAUGGACGCUAGAGUUAUGGUGUCAUUGUUGCAAAGAAAGGCCAGCAAAGUACAGGGAUUGCAUGUUCAUGCACAUGAAGGGCAACCAUGGAAUGAGUUUGCGGAUUCAGUAGCAGGACUUGUUAGACGUGGAUGGAGCCCUCCUAUUGAAGCUGUUUUGACAUGCGGCCCCCUGUUGCGCCAUUCUUUAGCGCAUUGGGCUUGGCUCUCAAUUGCACCUGAUGAAGAGUUACCAAGUUUGCGUGUGAUCUUGCAAAAUGAAUCACCAGAUGCUUUUCAAGGAACCAUUGAUCGCACCCUUGAUGAGAAAACUGCACAUCAAUCAGUUCAAGAACACAGAAAUGUUUUGAGAGUCGCCACCGUCAAUGUUGGCACAUUGGAACAAUCACAGAUCCUCCCAGGAACCAGUGUCUCCCACAAGACACAUGAGAUCAUUCAGCAAUUUCUGCAAGAGGACAUUCAUGUGGUUGCGGUUCAGGAAGGGAGAGCCAGAUGCAGUCGCACAGUGCAUCAUGGCCCUUUCACAUGCUUCAUAGGAGCUGCCUCUGCGGGGGUUGGUGGAGUUGAGCUGUGGAUUAACGGAGAAGAAAUCAGCCGGAUCUUUGACGUGCCAUUUGACCCUCAGCAAGAUGCAUGUGUAUGGUAUGCCACACACAGGUUGAUGGCAGUGCGGGCUCAUAUUGGUGACAAAACAAUUGAGUUCUUGACAUGCUAUGCGCCUCAAAGAGCUCGUCCGGCACAUGAGAUUCAUGAAUGGUGGGAUGAGUUGGAGACAGUCAUGCGUCAGAUGAAAGGAGACUCAACGUGCAUCAUCUUGGGCGAUUUCAACUGCAAGAUUGGUAGUAUCAACACUGAUGCCAUUGGUUCUGCUGGCGCUGAUCUUGAGGACUUUGCGGGCAGUAGACUGAGACGAUGUUGUGAGCAGUUUGAUCUGGCGAUACCCUCCACAUGGGAUACCUUGCAUCAAGGCGAACAUUGGACCUUUUGUGGAAGUAGAGGGUCGAAGAGCAGAUUGGAUUACAUUGCAGUCUCCAACGAACAGAUGAAUGCAGUGGUUGCUUCAUAUGUUCAUGAUGGUAUUGAUGUACUCAACGGUGACCGUGAUCACAGAGUUCUGGUUUUGGAAUUGGGAUUGGUGACCAGUUUCCAGCAUGACCACAUGAGGAUCAGAAAACCUCUGUACAACAGAAAGAAGGCUAGAAGCAACAAACUCACUGGACAUUCCAGCAUGUUGCAUUCUUUCCCCCUUUGCAGCUGGAGGCAAGAUGUCAAUGAUCAUUGGUCGAAUCUUAGAGACUAUGUCCAAGACAAAGCAGCGUCGGAGUUUCCGAAGGGCAAAAGACAGCAGAGACAGCUUUAUUUCUCCCCGGCUGCUUGGGACAUGGUUUGUCGACGGAAAGAUUUGCGCCAGCAGCAUAGAGAAUUGCAGAGGUGUAACAACCUAGAAGCCAUGAAGUUGGUGUUCGAGACGUGGCGUCAAGCAAAGAUUUCUCCACAAGAGGCGCAAAAUUGGGAGCUUUCUGCGCAUUUGAGAUGCAUGCAAGAAGCGGUGAUUCUGGAGCAACGAUGCAAAGUGGAUGUCGACUUCAGGAAACAGAAAAGAGAGGACUGGAAAAGAUGGGUUUCUUCACAACUGGACUCUCAAGUCACAUCCCUUCAACAUGCGACAGCAUCACAGAUCUACAAGAUUUUAAAACCAAAGAAAAUGAUUGACAAAAAGAAGGGACGACACCACAAGCCAUUGGCAGGAUUGCGAGAUGCUCGUGGGCAGUGGAGAAGUUCAAGAGGUGAUGUUGCUGCAGCAUGGGAGGAGCAGUUCGCUGAAAUUGAAUUAGCGGAAGAGAUAUCUUUUCAAGAUCUCAUGAAACGCUCUGUCCCAAGCAGUACAACGAUCCACCCAUCGGAGCUUCACAACAUCCCGACCUUUUACGACCUGGAAAAUUGUCUCAUGGCUCUUAGCGACCAAAAAGCCACUGGAGUCGAUGGUCUGGGGGCUGAGCUGUGGCACACAGGUCUCACAGAAAAUGCCAUGAGAAUUUUUCCUCUCCUCAUGAAGUCUGCGGUGAGACAGCAAGGCAUGCCUGAGAUGUCGGGAGGAUGGUUGCUGCCGUUAUGGAAAGGGAAGGGUCACCCGUCACAGAUGGAGGGCUACAGGGCGAUUCUUUUGGAACCCACUCUGUCUAGAGCUCUGUCGAAAGCGUGGCGAAGCAAACUGAUUUGUGGGUUGGAGCGUGUCGCAGCGCCUCUGCAGUGCGGGGGCAGAAAAGGUGUGGGCAUUAGCCCACUGCACCUGAUGCUACGCAUCUGGCAAUCCAACGCUGCUUCACAAAAAUCCUCUUUGGGCCUCAUCUAUGUUGACAUCAGAUCAGCGUUUUACAGGGUGGCGAAACCUCUUUUGGCCAAUUUCAAUGGUACAACAGAAUCUCUUGUCAACAUAUUUCAGGAGCUCAAACUCCCUUCGUCGGCUCUGCAGCAGUUCUUGGAGAACGUGCAUGGGGCCGAUCUGAUCAGUAGAGCGACCGGCUCUGGUGUCAUUUCGGGACAAGUGUCCUCGAACCUGGCACAGACAUGGUUCUUGGUGCCCAACUCCUCCACAAUCAGAGCGCCCAGGAUGGGCACAAGGCCAGGAGACCCCUGUGCAGACAUACUUUUCGGCUUUGCAUUGAGGCAGGUCUUACAGGUUGUCAUGGAGCGUGCAGAGAGUGCAGGUCUUCAACUAUGCUUUGAAACGGAGGAUGGUCGGAGCACCAGUUUUGUGGCAUGGGUGGAUGACCUGGCGUUAUCAGUCAUGGCUUGUGCGUCAAAGGUGGUCUCAAACACAGCACAACUUCUCUCCAUCAUCAUUGAUGUCAUGACAGAACAUGGCCUGAGUCUCUCAGUUGGCAAAGCGAAGACUGCUGUUAUGUUUGAGUUCAGAGGUAAAAACGCAACCAAAUGCAGGCAGGAUUUUGAGAAGUGCCAUGCUGACACCUUGGACGUUCUUUCGGAACACCAUGGAGUGAUGAAAAUACCGGUGGUUGGUUUUUACAAACACCUGGGAGGGAUCAUUGUCCCAUAUGGAUCCAAGAUCCCUGAGAUCAAGACAAGAGGGGAAGCCAUGCGUCAGAAGUUGGCUCCAUUGAAGGCUGUGCUUUCAAAUCCAAGGAUUGACAUUGACAAGCGCAGGUUGCUGGUACGCAGCAUGGGUAUGUCUGUCAUCAAAUUGCACAGCGCAACGUGGUUUGAUCUCACCCAAGCAGAAGCAGAAGCAUGGCAUGCUGUUGUUCACGCAACAUACGCUAUGCUUGAAAGACGGAAUGAGCAAGGUGAAGUUCCACACAAGGAGACUUAUGAGUUGGCGAGGCAAAUGGAGGGUCCCAUGCCGAUUGAAGCUCUUUAUCUGGAAAGGCUGAGAUUGUUGGUCCAUAUUCUACAGGUCAAUGAUCACUACAUCAUUACUGCCAUUCUCCAAAACUAUAAGCAAGCGGGUUGUGCUUCGUGGCUCUAUGGAGUCCUGAAAAGCUUGCGUUGGGCACAAGCCCAGAUUGGAAGAAAUGCAUUUCCAGAUGAGCUUCUUGAGCUGACUGAGCGAUCAACGUGGGACAUUUUCCAUGAGGUAGCCAAAGAGAUAAAGUCCAAUGUCAAAAAAGUGGAGCGUGCUCACCAGGUGCGGUUGAAAACUUACUGCGGUCUGAAGGACCACAAGGCAUUUAUGGAGGAAAUCUGCUCAGAAAUGGGAUGGACAAAGCAACAGCAUAUGGAUGAAGCUGUUGAAGAACCUUCAUGUGUGCAGUGUGGCGACUGUGGGAAAUAUUUCAAAAAUGGUGCUGCUCUUGCCACUCAUGAACAAAGAGUUCACCAAAAGAGGAUUGCAUUGAGACGAUUCGUUGUCGACGGGGUUUGUCGUGCAUGUGGAAUUUUUUUUCACACUCGUGCAAGGUUGUUGACACAUUUGCAUGUUGGAAAAGGAAAAUGCUGGCUUUUUCAUCUUCGCAGGUUCGCUCCUCUGACGAGUGAGCAAGCCGGGGUGCUGGAUGAUCAUGAUCGCACUGCAGGACAAGCCUUACAUCAGAUGCAUGUGCUGCAUGAUCAUGCCAAGAAGAGUUGGAGAAUGGCUAGCCAAGAGGAGAUGAAAUCACCUCUCCAACAGCAAGAUUUCGAUGGCGAUAUCUAUGCGGAGCCAACACCUGACGAGCUGCAGGCAUGGGCCAGUUUUGGUUUGUUGCCACCAGGGCGGGGUGGUCGUGAUAUCACCCAGCGAACCAGUACAAAGUGGGAGGUGGCCAAUGUUUGCAGAGAUGUCUCCAGGAUGGAGGAAAAGAUCAAGAAAGAGGCUGCCAUGUGGGAACCAAACUUUGAUUGGAUUCCACGUUCGCUUUCUGAAGGCCAGCUUUUCUUUUUGGUCCUUUUCAGCGGCCAUCGCCGUUUUGGCGACAUCUCUUCGUGGAUGCAAUGGGAUAAUCGAGUGGUGCCUCUUGCUGUCGAUCUUGCAGUCAGCAAAGAGCACGGAAACGUGCUUGACCACAACAAGUGGUUGCGACUGAUUCAGGCUAGAAGAGUUGUCGGUGCACAUGGUGGACCGCCGUGCGAGACAUACAGCAUGGCCAGAUGGCUUGAUAUCCCAGGACAAAUGUGUCCGCAGCCUUUGAGAGACCAAUCAAUGCCCUGGGGACGUUGCCACAUUUCCCUGAAAGAGCUCCUCCAGUGCCAUGUUGGGUCGAUUCUCAUGUGGGAAACGCUGAAAUUGCUUUUGAUGGUUUACGCUUUUGGAGGGAGUGUUUCUUUGGAACACCCAAAAGGCGAGUGGGACAGCAAUGAAAAGUGGUGUGUCUGGAUGUCGGGCUUCAUACGAUGGAUGUUGAAAGGGCCUUCUUUUGACUCUGUCACAUUCCUUCAAGGCCCGCUAGGGCAAUGCGCGCCAAAGCCCACCACUAUGCUGCUGGCCAGGAUGGGCAAUUUUGCAGCAAAGAUUUACGGGCGUUAUCAGAAAGGAUGGAAGCCCACUGAAUUUCUUGGUGGAAAAGAUCACAAUGGUUGGAAAACUGCAAGAGCGAAGGUCUAUCCGGUGUUGCUUUCACAGAGCAUUGCAGAAUGUCAUCUGGAGCACUAUGACACCAUCCAUCAACAGGGGUUCGAGCGGAUUCCAGAUGGCUUAGACAACGCGAUCGCGGCUUUGUCUCAAAUCCAUGAUCCUUACCACAUUGACCUAUUCCAGCAAAUGGCAGCGGAUUUCCAUCACCAUAUUGGAAGAGCAGUUUAG